GCAGCCCAAUCAGCACCCUAUGAUUAUAAAGCAAUAAAUCGAAGCAGGCCAGCACACCACUGUACCAAAUUCUACAAGGCCCAACCACGAGCCUCAUUACAUCUAUAUAAUCUCCAUACUAAAUCCUCACCAUGUCGCUCUCCCCAGACUCGCAAGCCUCCGCAACCUUCCCCCUCCCUAAAACCACCAUAAUCAUCAACAACCUCAAAAAAGACGACUUCGUCGACACCAACCCCCACACGUCGUUCUCGUCACACACCCAGCUUACGGUGGUGGACCAGAUCAAGUUGACGGUGCUCAACUUGGUUCCUGCCGGCAAGCAAGACAACUACUUCCUCAGCCACAUCGAGUACUGGUCCAACUUGCCCUUCUUGAACAGAAUCAUCAUCAUAUUGCGUGACGAGGAGUCGGCAGCAGAGCUUCACCAGUUCCUUACCUCCCACUCGCUGCAGCCCUCGCUCGUGGCCUCAUUCCCCUACAUCAAGGUGUCGUUGCAAGAGAACUUGCUCUCGCGGUCUAAGUCGUUUGAUUCGCUCAUCAAGACGCCAGCACACGUCAACCUGACCACCCAGUUGACCAACUUCAAGAAGUACCACAAUGGCGAGUACCCCGAGCCUGAACCCCAGCCAUUCAACGUGUUCGAAGACCUCUCCAAGAUGGGCAUAGAUGUCAGCGAGUACAACAACGAGGAGCAGUUGAACGAAUUGAAGCUGCCCAACGUCAAGCGCACCAAGUCGCUUACCAAGACAUUGUUCCGGCCCAAGCCCAGUCUUUCGUUGAGCAUUCCAGAUCAGGGCCAGGAACGGCCUGCUGGGCGUGGGUUCCCUGAGAGUCCCACCAUCACCUUGGACGAGACCUUUUAGCAUAGCAUACGACAUAAUAGACACGAAAGUAGCCAUUUGUAGUAAACGAAUCAAUUCUGAAAUUGCACCAGUAAAUUAAUUCAGAGACUUACCCAGAGAUGAAUAGGUAAGGAAA